ACAAACUAAAACCAUGCCCACAAACUGAACUCUUUAGAACAAAAAAAAGAUCACAGCCAAAUUACCAGAGAGAUGCUAAGCAGAAGAGCUCUAGCCUCUUCCUCAGUAUUAGCACCAGCUAUUGUUUCCUCAUCCAUUCCCAAAUUCUUGGGCCUUAAAAAAAUUUCAUUUAAUUCAUACUCCUCACCAAAUAUCAAAUGGAGCCUUCAUUUUAAGCUAAAUUAUAGUAAAAGUAGAAGUAUUUCAAGAAUGGAGACUAGAGCCUCUGCUCAGCCUUUGAAGAAUGCUGAUGAGCUUAUUGACUCUGUUGAGACUUUUAUCUUUGAUUGUGAUGGUGUUAUAUGGAAAGGAGAUAAAUUGAUUGAUGGAGUCCCUGCAACUCUUGAUAUGCUUCGUUCAAGGGGCAAAAGAUUGGUUUUUGUAACUAAUAACUCCACAAAGUCCAGGAAACAAUAUGGUAAGAAGUUUGAGACACUUGGUCUAACAGUCAAUGAGGAGGAGAUUUUCGCAUCAUCUUUUGCAGCUGCUGCGUAUUUGAAGUCGAUUGAUUUCCCAAAAGAGAAAAAGGUUUAUGUAAUAGGCGAAGAAGGAAUCUUGAAGGAGCUUGAUCUAGCUGGAUUUCAGUACAUUGGUGGACCAGGAGAUGGUGAUAAAAAGAUUGAAUUGAAACCUGGGUUUCUGAUGGAGCAUGAUAAGGAUGUUGGCGCAGUUGUGGUUGGAUUUGAUCGUUAUUUCAACUACUACAAAGUCCAGUAUGGAACGCUAUGCGUGAGGGAAAAUCCUGGAUGUCUCUUCAUUGCUACAAAUCGUGAUGCUGUCACUCAUCUCACGGAUGCUCAGGAAUGGGCAGGUGGUGGUUCCAUGGUUGGUGCUCUCGUUGGAUCAACUCAGCGGGAACCUCUGGUUGUGGGAAAGCCCUCGACUUUCAUGAUGGAUUAUUUAGCAGACGAAUUUGGGAUUCUCAAGUCACAGAUAUGCAUGGUCGGGGAUCGAUUAGAUACUGAUAUUCUGUUCGGACAAAAUGGCGGUUGCAAAACUCUUCUCGUUCUCUCAGGUGUGACUUCCUUGUCAAUGCUUCAGAGCCCUAACAACUCCAUUCAACCAGACUUCUACACAAACAAAAUUUCUGAUUUUCUUUCUCUGAAAGCUGCAACUGUAUGAACAUUCAUGAACAGUCUCUCAUAUUUUUACACAGUCGAAAGCAAGUUCAAUUCAUGUUUAUGCUUUCUUGUAGAAUAAGUGAGUACAUGUAUGUUUUAUCUGCUAUAAUUGCUACAAUGGCAGUUCUGUUUCA